UUGAGGCUGCCGCACAUAGGCUAUAGAAUGAUGAAGGGCGAACUGCAAGCGAUGGGACACUGAGUCAGAUGGGAGCAGGUUUCAGCAUCCAUGCACAGGGUGGAUUCUGCAGGGAUCUUGGAGAGAAUGGCACGUUUAGGCUGUGUUGCUAGAAGAACAUAUUCUGUCAAGGGUCCCCACUCACUGGUCCACGUGGACACAAACCACAAACUUAUCAGAUAUGGUAUCGUUAUCUUCGCUGGAAUUGAUGGUUAUUCACGAAAGAUAAUGUACCUGGGUUCUGCGAAUAAUAACAAGGCAUCAACAGCACUUGGCUUCUUCAUGAGCUCAGUUGAAAAGUUUGGCUUUCCAUUAAGAGUUAGAGGAGACCAAGGGGUCGAAAAUGUCGGCAUUGCUCAGUACAUGUUCACUAUUCGUGGCUGUGGCAGAGCAAGCUACAUAUCUGGGAAAAGUGUGCAUAAUCAAAGAGUGGAGCGCUUAUGGCGUGACGUGUGGAUGGCAGUAACAAGGGUAUAUUGUGAGCUACUUCAUGGUCUUGAAGAGGAGUGCCUACUUGAUCCCUCCAACAGCCUGCAGUUAUUCUGUGCCCAGUACAUAUUUGUACCACGCCUCCAAAUGGACCUAGACACUUUUACAGCCGGGUGGGAUAACCAUCCUCUGCGAACGGAACAAAACCUGACUCCCAAUCAACUUUGGACCAUUGGAUUUCUCCAGUAUCCUGUGGCUGCUCCAGAGAAUCUAGAGGAUUUGCAAGAUCACUUGUUAGACAACCCUGACAGUUUGAGAGAAGAUGCUCCUGCUGCUGCUGCUGCUGCUGCUGCUGGUGGAGUAGUUCUACCACCCAUCCAGUGCCCUCUGGGGCCACAGGCUAUGGCUGGACUGAGGGCAGCCAUCAAUCCUAUCACUCCCUCCCAGGACAAUGGAAGAGACAUUUACAAGGCUGCGCUUGACUAUGUAACAUUUCACUCAAACUUGGCAGGAUAACAUGCAG